UUAAAAGGCGUUAGUACCUUUUUCUCUUGCACGUGUAUUUUUGUUUUGUUCUUUGAUAUUGCCUGGUUUUUGGCUUUAAUUUCGAGAAUAAAACAAUGGGGGCCAAAAACAAAAAGGCUCGCUCCGAUGCGGUGUACGCGAAAAAGACGGUCAAGUCCUCCAAUCCAUUCGACUCUUCCAAUGAUCCGUCGAACAAGCGCGCCGGCAACCAGAAUCCCUUCGAUGUGCACGUGAACAAGGAGAAGUUCCAGAUUCUGGGCAGGAUCUGCAAGCAUGACAGAGGAAUGCCGGGAGUAUCGAGAGCCAAGGCUCUCCAAAAACGAGCCCAGACCUUGGGCCAGCAGUUUGCCGUGAAGCACAAGACCAACCGCUUUAAGGACAACCGAAUCGGGAAGCACCUAAGCGCCGAUCAGCUCACCGAGUCUGUCAUGAACGCCCGAUAUCUGGCUGAAAAGAUGUCCCAGGUGCGCCAGUCGCAGAAGUCGGAGAAGUUCAAUCUGAACGACGAUGAGCUGCUAACACACAGAGGCCAAACGCUGGAAGAGAUCGAACAGUAUAGGGACGAGCGUUCGGACGAUGAGGAGCUCGACGAUGAAAGACUAGACGCUGAGUUCACAUCGGCUGCCCACUUCGGCGGCGAUGGAGACGCUCCCCAAGAUCGUCAAACUGCCAUAGAGGAAAUGAUCUCAGAGCAGAAGCGCCGCAAAAACGAAAUAGCGAAGGAAAAGGACGAGGUGUACGAUCUGACAGAGAAGCUGGAUGCCAACUACAAGCUUCUGUUGCCACUAGUGGCCAAAGCCACCAAGGACGAACAGGAGGCCAAACCUCCACCAGAUGCGUAUGACAAGCUGCUCAAAGAGAUGAUCUUCGAGCCAAGAGGAAGUGUGACCGAUAAGCUUAUCAACCCAGAGGAGCUUGCCAAGCAGGAGGCGGAGCGACUGGAGAAGCUCGAGAAGGAGCGACUGCGGCGCAUGCGGGCGGAUGGCGAGGAGGACGAGGAAGCGGAAGCAGCCAAGCCCAAACAUCGUUCGGCGGAUGACCUCGACGAUGGUUAUUUCCUAGCCGGAGGAGAUGAAGAGGCGGAUGACACCCUGGCGUACGACUUGGACGGAAAUCUGGGAACUCAUCUUAAUGGGAAACACAAUGGAAAGGAGGGGGCGGAUAACGAGGACGAAGAAAACGCGGAAGAUGAAGGCGAUGAGGAGGGGGAUGAAGACUCCGAUGAGGACAGUGACUCCGAGGUGGACAACCUGAGCGAUUUGAAGGAGUCGGACAGUGAGUCGGAAGCCGAGGAAACGCCCCAGCCAAGCAAGAAGAAAGCCACAAAAUCAGUGGAUCAGUCGUCAACUGAUGUAGAUACGAGCAUCCCCUUUACCAUCAAAAUGCCCAAGACAUACGAGGACUUCACUGACCUUCUGUCUAAGCACGCCGCCCCGCAACAGGCCACCAUCGUGGAAAGGAUCAUAAAGUGCAAUCACCCCAAGCUGGAAGGAGUGAACCGAGAAAACGUAGUCAAGCUUUACUCCUUCCUGCUGCAAUAUAUUAAAGAUUUGUUCGAAGACGCCAGUGAACAGGAUAUCCGGGGGAACUUUCAACUCUUCUCAAAACUUAUGCCCCACUUGUAUGACUUAACACAACUGAAUCCGGAAAGAAUGUCGAAUACUUUAUUGGAGGUGAUUAAAGAAAAAUACGGAGAGUUUCGGAAGAACCACAAGACUUAUCCAACGCUGGACACGCUAAUAUAUUUCAAACUGGUGGCCAAUCUGUACUCCACAUCGGACUUCCGUCAUCCGGUGGUUACGCCUUGCUUUAUUUUCAUGCAGCACAUCCUCUCCAGAGCGCGAGUGCGAACCCGCCAGGAAAUUUCAAUGGGUCUGUUCUUGACGACAGUGGUUCUAGAAUUUGUGUCCCAAUCCAAGCGAAUACUGCCCGCCGUCUACAACUUCCUGCAGGGCGUCGUGCACAUGUCCAUACCCAAACGAGAUGUGGAGCAGAUAGCGAUUACCCCACCUUUUGAAAAGGAUGGUCCGUUGAGUAAACUUUUGGCCCUGUCUUCGGGCAAGGAAACCAAGAACUUGGAAGCCCAGGCACUCCAGGCCACAGACUUGGUCACCCAAACCAUAACGCCUGACUUCAAAGUGCGGGCCCUGAACACAGCCCUCCAGCUGACAGUGGAUUCGCUUCAGUUAGUCGAAGAACAUGUGGGUGUGUGCUACUUAGCGACACCUUUCUUGGGCCUACUCUCCCGCCUGCCACUUGAUUUGUAUCCCGAGCAUGUGCACCUCAACCACAAAGCAGCUACAGAACUGGUGCAGAGGUUGGGCGGGCAGAAGAUGAAGCCUUUAGCGCCAGCUGAAAGGAAGCCCAAGGCGCUCCGGUUGCUGGAGCCGCGAUUCGAGACGGUGUACGAUGACAAGCGCCGACCCAAGAUGUCCAAGGCGAAGGAGGAGCGCGCCAAGUUACUCCAUAAGAUCAAGCGUGAAAAGAAGGGCGCCAUCCGCGAGAUCCGUCGCGACACCGCCUUUGUCCAAGAGCUCAAGCUUAAACAGACCCUGCGAAGUGACAAGGAGCGGCAGGAGAAGGUCAAGCGCAUCUACCAGGAGGCGUCGAUGCAGCAGGGUGAGCUCAAUGAACUGGCCCGUUCCAAGAAGAAAAAGAAGUUCUAGUUGUGCGCCAACUAGGUUGAUUAAUUGUUGUUAGCUAGGCUAGACAAUAAGUUUCCAGAGUAAAGAGCAGUGGUGUGCUGCUUUUAUUUUAAAAUCACACAAUCGACCUUCUAAUUUUUGCGUAAUUAGAGCGAUUUAUUCUAACCUAGAUUAUUUAUAACCACCAGGGUGGGUCAAUUGAAAUAAAA